AUGCGAGCAAGUUUCCGUUGCCGCACGGAGUCCGGAGAACCAGUCGGGUUCACUCGCCUUCCCAUGGGAUGCAAAUGUGGUCCUGGUGUUUUAAAUACCAUUACAAGAGUUUUGGCCGGCGAUCCUUUAUUGGCUUUGCCGAUGCAAGCGUCGCUCAAGAAGUUAAAAGUACACGUUUGGAUUUAUGAUAUCAGAAUAAGUAGUCUACGCGAAAAGGUGGAAGUUUGGGGCACCAAAUCGCGCAUAACAUGCAAAGCCGUGGGGCCACUAUUGGGGAGCAACACCUUCAAGCAAAGGAAUAUGUUUUCAUAG